UGACUGUCCACGCUAAUUGAUUUGUGUGUAUUGUGGGACACAAGGCCAAACCAUGCCGACCGCCGACGACUGUACUGCUGGCAUUUAUCAUUGUUCCCGCGGUCGCGCCAGCGUGUGUUAGCGAUCCGUGACGUGCCGAGCUUGUAUCCACGGUUCCCCUGGCAGGGCUGUAUUUUACAGGCAUAUGGGAUCAGCGUACACACCGUACCCAGCUGACCCGCCACAUCCAACCGCCAGGUGACUGCGACAAGCUUACCAGUAUUCUGAAAAAAGGAGAAAGACACCGACAGAGCUUUACGUCACAGAGCGUAUUAUUGGAGGUGAAUCCGGAAACGAGUCUCUUACCACACCUGAAAGAUUUCUGAACGCCAGGUAUUCUUCCGCAUAUACGUGUAGUUCUCGACCGUGGGAGCUGAGUACCGGUAAGCCAUGCCCCGGAAAGUGACAACAGUGUCAGGGAAGAACACACAAAGGGCAUGGUGUGUCUGAAAACUUGAGGAGAGAGCCUGGGGAAGCUAUAGUGUGCCUUAGCAGCUAGACAGAGAAGGCCGAUUGACUGUCGCCAUGGACAUGUAUGUCAUCUACCUAACCGUCGUCUAUGGUACAUUGUUCUUGACACUGUGCCCUACGACAGAUGGCCAGAAAGACAGAUCUCCGGUUUCCAAUCUGAUCUUCAGGUCUUCGUACGGAAAUUCGUCCUUUGUAGCGGGGAAUGAAGCAGUAUUUGUGUGUAUCGCCCACGGUGGUGUUCCUCAGCCAAAGAUUAAAUGGUACAUAGACACAGAACCGGUGAAAAACGCCAGUCAGAAUCUAUACUUUGGAGUUUCCUCUGUCAGAGGGACGCUGGACGUGGUCAUGUACAGGGAAAUGGAUAAGAGGCCUCUGGUAUGCGAAGCUCACAAUGGUGUUGGCGAUCCCGUCACAGUCAGUACAACCUUAACAGUUCGGUAUCCACCAUAUGUCACAGUACGGUACAAUUCGAAAAAGAAGAUGGUUGUUUGUGAAGCACAAGGGAACCCAAGAAUCUUUACCUUCCUGCACUGGCAUCGGACAGUGGGCAAUGAAACUCUCCCCGUAACGUCAUCUACGAAGUUGUCUGACGUCAGCUGGGGCUUACCGCUUCCCGAGGGCAAUCUUCAGGACACUGGCUACUACACGUGCUCCGUGUCUAACCAAAUAGGAAAAGGUUCAGGCCAGAAGUUAAUUUGUCCCUGGGGGCCUCCUGUUUUCAUUGAUACUACAUCAAAUUACACCGCAUAUUUAGAAUCAAACAUCACCAUCAGCUUUGACUUUUAUUCUUCUCCUGACGUCGUGAAAUACGAAUGGAGGAGACACGGGACGGCGUUUGCAGACUGGGACAUUGAUACAGAGUUCACAGACACAAACGUUACGUUGUCGCUCAGAGAUAAUUCCAUACAUGUUCCGGGACGAACUGUCUCUGUACAGCUGACGAAUGUUACCUUAGACAUGGCGGGUAACUACAGUCUGUUCUUGUACACGAAGAUUGGACAGUACAGUAAACAAGACUUCACUCUCUUGAUUUUAGAGGAAGUUAGCUGGGGACCGCCUACCUCCACCCCCGGACCUAUCAUGCUGGAGAGCGGCCCGAGAACAGGAAUUAUCGUUCUCAUUAUUGUUAUCAUUGUCAAUGUUAUUGUUUGUGUUGGCAUCAUUUUUUGGCGCUCCAGAAGAAUAUCCAAGAGAAAUGCAAAUGCUAAAAUUCAGGAAGGGUCACGUGAGAGGACCAAGUUUUUACCAGGUGUGCCCGACAAUGGUUCUGCCUUCCCGCCCACACCACCUCGCCGGACCACAUCUGCCGGGCGAGUCAGACCACAGGCUGCACAUCUGGGUGUCAAAGGACACUAUGCAGAGUUAGAUUUCGGGCACAUUAAGAACAAGAAUAAAGGGAACAGCGUGAUCAGGAAAGACCCACCCACAGAGUACGCCUGGAUUGACUUCAGCAGACCAUCCUGUUCCCCUGAGGCCUCCUGAGAUGUGAACAAAUCCGUGACCCGUCUGUGAACACAACGUGUGAUCCAGAGACUUUGAGCUGUGUUUUGGUAUUUUUAUUCUGUGAAUGUGUUUUAUCCCGAAAAGAUAGGAUGUGAAGGAAUGCCAGGUCGUGAAGACAUUGUAACGUCUUAUUAUGGCCUGGAAUGAUACGACCUGAAGACAUUGCAAUGCCUUUGUUGUUAUGAAGAUGUGUAUCUGUUUUAUCUUGGAAUGUAGAGAGGUGACAGAAAUUCGAGGUUGUGAAGACAUUGCUACGUCUUUGGUAUCAUGAACGUUUGUGUUUAUUUUGGCCUUAGAUACUGAGCAGGAAGGACAGCAGCGUCUUGGGUAUUAUGAACGUUUGUGUCGCUCUCCUACUUGGAUGAUCUGAAGACAUGGUGACUUCAUCAUUCUUUGUAUCUGUUUUGUUCUGGAAAUGAUGGAAUAUGAAAAAGAUCCAUGUUGUAAAGACAUCGCAAAGUAUUCGUUAUUAUGAAUGCUUGUGUGUGUGUGUGUCUUAAGAUGAUACGUUGUGAAAACAUUACAGCGCCUCUACUGCUGCUGGCGACAACAUUUCUGGGGUCUAGGAUCUAAAGUCAUUGUAACUUACCCAUUGCUAUGAACGUUUGAAUCUGCAGGAAUGAUAGGAUGUGAGCAGAUUCCAUCUUCAUUAUAUUACGAACGAUUGUGCCUAUUUUAGCGUAAGAUGACAGCGUGGGAAGACAUUGCUACGCCUUCAUUAUAGCGAACGUUUUUUGUUCUGAGUGAUAUGAUCUAAAGAAAUUGCAACAUAUACCUGUAAAGGUCCGUGUUGACAUUGAUAUUUGACUGACUUCUCCGUUGUCACAAACGAUUUAACCUAUUUGCCCUCAGGAUAAUUACAGGAACAUAGCCCAAAAUGUUUGUAGAAUUCUCCAUGGCCUUAAAUAUCUUAGUCUGUUUUUUACAUGCAUGUAGUCCCAUAUACGUUGCUGAAUUUCGUAGUCCUGUCUUGUGGGUUUAAAACUCCAUGAUUCUGUAACUGUGGGUCAUUAUACGUUCUUGUGCCUUUGACGUGUCACACUGAAUUGCUUAAACAAAAUCACAGCGUGUAAUUAGCUGUAGAUAUCUGCGCGUAAGUUUAGAAUCUACCAUAUAGAGAGAUAACAUAUAAUCAGAGUACAUAACUCCUAGCAUGAAUACACAGCCUAGUUGAUGGAACGGCAACCGUGUAAACCAUGGAAUCAUUCCCAUGGUGGGUAAUACUGACGAUUAAAGCUAUAUAUAUAACGUUAGUUAAGUCCGGCAAUUCCUCACACAGAUCUUUAUGCUCAUGGUGCUUUUGUCAAUAUGCUUGCAAUCUGGUCGUGUUUUUAUUUAAAAUCUACUGGUUUCUUUUAUGUGUUGACAUUGUCUUACAAAUAUUUAUCCCUCUACCAUGUUUGCCCCCAUUGUAUUGUCGCAGUGAUGUACGACCCCGUCCGUUAACCACAAAUCUUCAUAAAGAAUCCAUGUUAUUUUAUUAAAUGUGGUAAACUGCAUUGUUUACCUAGGCACAGGAUAAAUUACUUUUGAUAUCAGAUUACAGAGUAACUCCCCACUGUAUAUAGCACCCGUAUUUUCUGCCAUGUUUCCAAAAUUGUUGGACCAAAUUUUAUUUAUUUUAAAAAAUGCACUCACUGACAAGCUUACAUUUUGGAAACCCCUUCUGUCUUUUGACCUACUCAAACCCAAGACUUAGCUGUUACACUCUUGUCAACAUUACUUCUCCAAAAGAGUUGGAGAUUUAUUUUAAACUUCACACAUGCGCCCAUGUGCAUGUGGAUAUCCUGAACUAGAUAAUCUUGUCAUGGAUACAUUCGUGGAUCUUGUGGACAACGUGAUGGAUCUUAAACCUGAGGAGCCAUAAUAUAUGUGUAUGUAUGCUCGGUGAUUUUAAAUGUCUUUUUAGUUAAAGCGGAUUCAUGUUUAUAUAGGCUUUACCUGCAUGAGAUAGUGUAAAAUAAGACGAAUACUCGGUCCCUAUAAUAUUAAUAGUUAUUUUACAACGUUAAAGCCGACAAGACUAUCAAGUGCAUGAAUGAACCUCUUUGGUAAAAACUAGAUCAGAUACUCAAGUAACACACAUUACAAAGGAGAAACAAGAUCACGGAAACACUGAAACAAGAAUUUGCCGUUUGUAUCAAAGUUUUAAUGUUAGCUUGUCGUGCAUUUUGCCGACCCAUUAGCAAGAACAGUCAUCCUCGCGUUGCUUAAGUUGAAACUGAAUCCAAAUCAGACUUACACAGCUUCCAAUACAGUUAAACAAUUGUAUAUGUACAUGUAGAGCGUCACGUGAUUAAAUUCAUCAGAUUUCAAAGGGUGAAAGAUAUAUGAAGUUAGAAGUUUUGACUUGAAACAAAAUGGCCAAAUCUUGUUAAACUGGACAGUUUGGGUACGCGUGACUGUUGCAUAUAAAUGCACCGUAGCGUUUUGUGUACAUUUUACCGUCUGUGAGUAUAAUGAAAGGAAACCAGAUGCUCUAAUGAGUUUUUAUUUGUAAUAAUCUGACCAUUUUCGAAAUAGCCUUUUACUCAGUAAAUCCACGAUGGUUACUCUAUAUGUAGUACCA